AUGGAUAAGAAGGACUGGAACGGCAGUUUGGAUAGAGUAUUCAGUGAACUCAUCCAUGAGGCAAAUCUUUGGGCCAGUGAUCAAAGUGCUACACCAGCAGCGAGGACAAUGCCGCAAGUGAACGGGCGGAUGGAGGAUAAGGAUGACACGCAGAUCGAUGUUUGCUUGGAGCAAUUAGCACGCGCAAUUUCUGCUCACGUCACCGACAUCCUGAUAGAGCGCCUAGGAUUGGAAGAACGGAAUGCACAAACGCAAGAAGCUUCCACAUCCAUGGAUCUCACAUCGGUGUCCACUGUUGCAGAGCCACCGCGCUCGUUUCGACCGCGGAACAUAACGUUGAAGUCGGGCACCACACGGUCCAUGCCCAACACAGUGCGAUCAUUACCACAAAGUCCUACGUGCUGUCGUAGAGCUCAUCCAUCUCGACGAGUUACCGACUUUAUUCCUCGCUACGCGGAUUCAACGGAGCAGAAAGGUGCGAGACGCAGAGGAGAGACGAUGACCCGCUACCACAGUGAGAAUCGACUGAACCGGAUCGAACCCGCUCCAAACAUGAACGAAACUCCUCUGGAGAAUCGAGCAAGUCGGCUACGAAGAGCAAGUAUAGGAAAAAAAUUAGCUGGUUUCCGAGUGUUUCCAGAUCGUUCGUUGCAAUAA